AUAACAAUCUCGCGCAGUAAACAAGUGAAACCGGCACGCAAUGAACGCUCUCGGAAGAUGCUGCAAAUAUCGUCUGCCAGCCAUUCUUGGCACGUUUGUUACGUCCAAAGGAGCAAAUCGCGUGUUUACUCGAACCCAGUGCUAUAAAGCCGUCAAUAGGCGUGCGGUGACCGAGCUUAAAAACUUACGCCGUGACCCUCGCCAGCAAGAAUCUUCCGGUGCUAGUAGCAAUGGAAGAACGUUAGCACAGGCACUGCACGCUCGGAUACGGGCCACGGGUCCGAUAACGGUGGCCACUUACAUGCGGGAAGUGCUGCUCAAUCCGGCCGCUGGCUAUUACAGCACGAAGGAAAAUGUGUUCGGAACUAGUGGGGAUUUUAUUACGGCGCCGGAAAUUGGACAGAUUUUUGGUGAGCUCGUUGCCGUUUGGUGCAUAAAUGAGCUACAAAAGUUCAACUAUGAUGGGCACAUCCAGCUCAUCGAGCUCGGCCCAGGCAAGGGUACACUUAUGCAUGAUGUUUUGCGCGUAUUCGAACGAUUCGGUCUAUCGAAGGAUCGCGUCAGUGGGCAUUUGGUUGAGAUGAGUCCCAAUUUGCAGCGCGUUCAGGCUGAGCGUCUUUGCAACGGUACCGUGCAUCGUACGGCAGCUGAUCAGGUUGAGGCCUACGUGCAGGAAGGAACGACCGGUUCCGGUAUCAAUCUUCGAUGGUACACCGACAUCGUCGAGGUACCGAAAGGAUUUUCCAUCAUACUUGCGAACGAAUUCUUUGACGCGCUUCCGGUGCACGUGUUUUGCAAAGAACUCAAGGAGGGUGGUGCUUUGUGGAAGGAAAUUCUGGUCGAUAUAAGCGCGGAUCAAAAUGAGCCUAGUUUUCGCUUCAUCCAAUCGAACAAGGCGACCCCAUACUCGGUAGUGUUCGGGAAGCGGUUCGAUAACAACGAGCAACUGUUGAAGGAUCGUACGCGCCUUGAAGUUUCGUUUGAAACGGAACAAAUAGCGCAGAAUAUUGCGAAGCGCGUUGACGAACAUGGUGGAUUUGGGCUUAUAAUCGACUAUGGCCACGAGGGCGAUAAAACGGACACACUGAGGUCAUUCAAAAGCCACAAACUUCACGAUCCACUGCAAGAUCCGGGGAGCGCCGAUUUGACGGUUGAUGUUGAUUUCGGAUUUUUGAAACACUUUCUUGAGCAGGAUGACAAAGCGAUAACGCUCGGACCCGUUAGCCAGGAAUCGUUUCUGGAAGCGAUGGAAGGUUCAGCACGGUUAAAGGCCUUGCUAAGCGCUACCUCGGACGACAAGUAUCGGAAAACAUUAACCCAAGGUUACGAUGAGCUAACAAACCCAGCCAAAAUGGGAGAACGCUUUAAGCUGCUGUCAGUUUUCCCAGCAUCACUUAAGCAGUUUCUAACGGCCUCGAACAAAGUGGUAGGAUUCGAUGUAAAAACGUGACCCAAACCCAUGUCGCGCUAAGGUGCUGCUGCUUCUGCUGCUAGUCGAAGAAAUUAUUUGUUUAAUUGAACAAGUAUAAUAAAAAAAUCGAAAUACUGCUUUCAGU